UGCGGGGGGCGGAGCGGCGGCCUCCUGCUAAGCGGUUAGGCGGCGGCGGUGGCAGCUGUGUCGCGAUGGUGUGCGGGGGCUUUGCCUGCUCCAAGAAUUGUCUCUGCGCCCUCAACCUGCUGUACACGCUGGUCAGCCUGCUGCUGAUUGGAAUUGCAGCAUGGGGAAUCGGCUUCGGCCUGAUCUCUAGUUUCAGAGUUGUUGGAGUGGUCAUCGCAGUGGGAAUCUUCCUCUUCAUUAUUGCCUUAGUCGGAUUGAUUGGUGCAGUGAAACAUCAUCAAGUAUUGCUGUUCUUUUACAUGAUUAUUCUUUUGCUAGUCUUUAUUGUCCAGUUUUCUGUCUCCUGCGCCUGUUUGGCACUAAACAAGGAACAGCAGAGUCAACUUCUGGAGGUGGGAUGGAAUAACACCAACAGUGCAAGAACAGAUAUCGAAAGAAACCUGAAUUGUUGUGGAUUCAGAGCUUUUAAUCCAAAUGAAACCUGCUCCUCUGAUUGUUUUAGAAGUCACCAGUGUCAACCAUGUGCACCAAUAAUAGAAGAAUAUUCUGGGAUGGUGCUGAGAUUUGUUGGAGGCAUAGGACUCUUCUUCAGUUUCACAGAGAUUCUGGGAGUGUGGCUGACAUACAGAUACAGAAACCAAAAGGAUCCUCGUGCAAACCCCAGUGCAUUUCUUUGAUAAGUUUAUAGAGGACUGAAUCUUCCCUCUGCACCCUCUACUUCAAAGUACUGGUUCUUCACAGUUGUGGAAUCCCUAUUGCAGAUAAAUACCAGUGUACCCAAAAGAAAACUUAAAUUUCCCAGAGCAAUCUGUACUUUCCUUAUUUAGCAUCCCAAUUCUUUUCCUCCGAGAGUGUCUUUCUUGAAGUAGGCUGGUCCAUUCAGUAGCUGGGCAGAGUCAGGCUUUGCCUCUGAGCUGCUUAAAUAACUCUGCUAAGACUUUGGUAAUCAGUGUGGUGAACUCUAUACAGUGAGGUUUAUAAGUACUACUGGCUUCUCAAACAAAACAAACAACAAAAAAUCACCACAAAAAAACUCAACCCAAAAAAACCCACCCAAAAGUGUUUCCUGAUGUAUCUAUUGAUUACAAAAAUUGACAAGAUUGCUCAUUAAAAUGAUGAAAACAUACAAUGGAUGGUUGGACUGUAUGAUUUGAUUAGGUUUUAGGAUGAACUCCAGUCAACUUUUUGUCCCUGUAAUGGUCUCCCACUUUCCUGUUAAGGUAAAACUUAAAGUGCACAUAAGUAUGUGUUCAUGACUACUGUAGUCUUCACCCCUCCCCUUCUUUGUUUGUUUGUUUUGGCUUUCUGGUAGCUUUAGAGUUUUGUUAGAGAAUAAAAAUAAUUCUUGACUUCUAAAUGGAUAUCUUCACUAUGAGAACAAUGAAGAAAACCAGAAGAAUGUAAUCUGCAGCUGAUUAACUUGAAACUUUUUUUUUUUCUUUGACAAGUGAAUGAAGUUUGGUAUUUGCACAACCUCAGAAUCAGUAGUGUUUUGUAAUCUUUAAUGUAAGAAACUUGAUGUCUGGGAAAUUGUUGUACAGCUAAUUUUUCAGAUGGUGUAAAAUCAUUGUUACAAUAACUUGGCUGUGUAUGUUCUUCUGUCAUGCAGUUCAUGAGAGAUAAAAUGAUGGGGA